CUACCUACUCUUUGUCGUGCUAAAUCAACGAGCGGCACCGCCCACCGGCCGUACAUGAAAUGAAACCGACGCUUGAACCUCCAAAGGCUCCAAUCGGCUUCCAAUCGAACCCUCUUUCCCACACCUCACCUAGUAACGCCACAAAACAACCACAAAUACUACCAUAUUUGCCAUUUUGGAGUCUACAGUGAAAAAGAUUCAAUCUUCUCAUCCAUCCGUUCUCAUCCAUCCAUCAUCACCGCAACAAAGACCAUGUGCAUGAUGGUCUCAGCUUCUCUUAUAAAGCGCCCGUGAUUGAGCUUUUCUUGGUUUGCUGUUUGUCGGUGUCAAAUGUACUACAGUCUAAGAGCACAAGGGUUGUACUUUUCCUGUUGAUUUUCUUGGUGGGCCUCUUGAAAAAUGUCGCAGAAGCGGCAAGAGCCGGAGGAGGGCACAUCUUUUGACGACAGGCAUCCCAGGAAUGCAAAAUCUUUUAAAAGUGUGGUGAGGGAGGUUAUGAACCUCUGCAAAUUACAACAUCUAAUGGAGCCAGUUCUUGAGCCUCUCAUUCGUCGAGUUGUAAAAGAGGAAGUGGACUCCGCGUUGAGAAAAUACAUAAUUAAUACGAAAAGGAAUUAUGGGAAAGACACACAUCCCUCUGAACCAAGGAAUUUGUGUUUACAGUUCUCUAAUGGCAUAUCUCUUCCUGUGUUUACUGGAACUCGUAUUGAAGGAGAAGGGUCUACCAGAAUGGAAGUUGCUUUAGUCGAUAUCCUUACUGGGGAAGUUGUUUUUAGUGGUCAUGGAUCAUCUGAGAAGGUAGAGAUUGUAGUUCUUGAAGGAGAUUUUGAUGGAGAUGAGAGGGGAAAUUGGACAGCUGUAGAAUUCCAAAAUAAUACAGUGCGAGAGCGGGAUGGAAAGAAGCCUCUCCUGACUGGGGAUCUUAUCAUGACCCUGCAAGAUGGCAAGGGUUUGGUUGGUAACAUUAUGUUUACAGAUAAUUCAAGCUGGACAAGAAGCCGGAAGUUUAGGCUGGGUGCUAAACUCUUGGACAGCAUCAGUGGCGUCAGAGUAAGAGAGGCUAGAUCAGAACCCUUUGUUGUUAGAGAUCAUCGUGGAGAACUGUACAAGAAGCACCAUCCUCCAUCACUUUCUGAUGAAGUAUGGCGGCUGGAAAAGAUUGGUAAAGGUGGAGCUUUUCACAAACGUUUGAGGAAGGAAAGAAUCACUACCGUAGAGGAUUUUCUGGUGUCAUUCUUCCUAGACCCUACAAGACUUCGAAAUAUCCUUGGGACCGGUAUGUCUGCCAAAAUGUGGGAAGUAGUCGUGGAGCAUGCUCGAACAUGUGUUAUUGACCAGAAAUUACAAUUCUAUGGCACCUCUCAAGAUAAUGGUGUAGUUUUCGACAUGGUCGGGCAACUGAUGGGGAUCAUCUCGAAUGGGCAGUAUCUUCGUGCUGAUAAGCUGUCCGAAGCAGAAAAGGCGGAGGCCCACGAGUCAGUCAUCUCUGCUUUUGCAGAUCGUGACAAAAUUGUCAGCUUUGAUGAGGGCUCAUCUCCGAAUUUCCCAACCCCUUCAAGCUUAUCGGUUGCUCGAUCUUCUUCAAACUUGCCCUCUGAGACCAGUUUCAAUGAUGACGAGCCUUACUUGCAACACAAUGCUGCUUCUCCAACCUACAUGGAGUCGGUAUAUUCUUUAGAAGGCUUGGGCACCUUUGAAGAUUGCCUGCACCAAGUUGAAGACAACCUAAUCUGUAAUGCUGACACCUUGAAUAGAGCAUUGUGUGCAGACGAACUACAAUACUUCGAGACGGAUCAGGCAAUUCACAGUCCUCUUCUAGAAUUAUCAGGAGAUAUACAGGGCGACAUCAGUGCUUAUAUGCCGUAUUCUGGUGUUCCCACCGGAAAAUCUGAGAGGGGGUGGAACAUUCUAGUAUUUGUGUUGAGAUGGUGGUUCUCCAUAAGAAGAAUCGUGGCUAGAAAAACCCGUACUUGAGAAAGUCAGGGUAAUUCUAUAACGACUGAAGACUUUUGUUGGAGAUCCUCUGCAGCUACAUGUGAAGAGAAUUAAGUUCUUAUAUAUACAUGCAUAUACAGAUUUAGCUGAUUGUUUUGUGAAAAAAUAUACAAUAAGCAAGGCUGUAAGUGCAAACAGUGGAAGCAUCAGUGUGAAAUUGUAUAUGGUAGUGUUUUAGGGGUGGUCUAGUUUUCCAUUCAAGGACUACCUUUUCUGUACAUAUUCAAUAUGUGAAUAAUAAAUAGACCCUUACUUCCA